CACCGAGAGGAACACAGAAGAACUCAACAACUUCUUGGGAACAUAUGGGAACACAGACAGUACCUUCUCCCUGGAUGAGCUCCUGAAGAAGACCAUGAUGAAAUCCCUCACCAGUAGAAAUGGUCAUCUGGACCUGUUUGUUCGCUUCCUUCACGGCCUCAGUCUGGAGUCCAACCAGAGAGUCUUAGGAGGCCUGUUGGGUCGGACAGAGAACAAUCCAGAGAUCAUCCAGAGAGUCAUCAACAACCUGAAGGAGAUGCAGAGUGAUGACAGUUCUCCUGACAGAAGCAUCAACAUCUUCCACUGUCUGACUGAGAUGAACGACCACUCAGUUCAUCAGCAGAUGAAACAGUUCCUGACGUCAGAGAACAGAUCGAAGGAGAAACUCUCUGGGAUCCACUGCUCAGCUCUGGCCUACAUGCUGCAGAUGUCAGAGGAGGUUCUGGACGAGUUGGACCUGGAGAAGUUCAACACAUCACGCCAGGGUCGAUGGAGACUGAUCCCAGCUGUGAGGAACUGCAGGAAGGCUCUACUCGGUGGUUGUGAACUCUUAGAGACUCACUAUGAAGUCGUGGCCUCAGCUCUGAAGUCAGACCCCUCACAUCUGAGAGAACUGGAUCUGAGUCACAACUUCAUCCUGCAGGAUUCAGCAGUGAAGCUGCUGUGUUCUGGACUGGAGAGUCCAAACUGUCGACUGGAGACUCUGAGGUUGAGGAACUGCAGUCUGUCAGAGAUCAGCUGUUCUUCUCUGGCUUCAGCUCUGAGGUCAAACCCCUCUCAUCUGAGAGAACUGGAUCUGAGGAACAACAACCUGCAGGACUCAGGAGUGAAGGAGCUGCUUGAUCUACAGCAGAGUCCAACCUGUCGACUGGAGACUCUGAGGUGGGAGGGGGAGUCUGUGUGGAUCAGAGUGUGAAGAGGACAGUGUGUGUGGACGGAGGCUGAGCUGUGUCCUGAGGAUCCAGAGGCUGAAGCAGCAGCAGCUUGUGUGUAGUCUCCAAUCUACACAACCCCUAAUCUGCAUGUGUUUGUGAGAUGAAGCCGGAGCACCUGGAGAAAACACGUGGAGAACAUGCAGACUCCACACAGGAAGACCCAUCUGAACCGGAUUCAAACCAGCAACCUUCCUGCCCCGAUUGUGUUUAUUCACAUGAAGAAUGUGUUUAUUGAAAUGACACAACACAAGCAGAAUAUAUAAACCCUCUAUAAAGAGUCACAUACAGUGUGUUUAAGUUUGUCUUUAUUAUUGUCCACCUUUGUCCCUCAGUAUGUCUCCAUGUGUGUAGAACCACAUUCUGUGUAUAUGUAUGUUUAUGAUUUUAAAGUUCCUGGAUUCACGUCACAAAUUGAUUUAGUUCAACACAAAGUUCAACACAUUGAAAUCACUUUGAGUUUAAAAUCAGAGUUUUGUCUUUGACACAAAAGAUCAAAACUCUGGACUUAAAAAUGGGACGUUUUCAUUUCUGCAUCAGGUGCAGAGCGGUGGUGGCUUUUCUACUUUUGACCCACAGGUGGCGCUGCAGUAUAACAGCAGCACAUCCCAGUCAAAGCCUUUAUAUUCAGUCUAUGAGUCAAACACAUGGAUCAUUUCCUCUGUGACAAACCAGAUGUAACGAGAAGAAAAACAUCUCAGAGAGAAAAGUUCUGUUUCUACUUGUCUCUGCUUUAAUGCUCAAUAAACAUCCUUCCACCGACUUCA